AUGAGAGAAAUUUUGACGAGGCUAGUCGAGCGAUUGCGGGGUGGCAUAGAAGUCAAAGUGUUUGGCGAUAAGGUCAUACUCGACGAAGACGUUGAGAACUGGCCCAGAUGUGAUGUUCUGAUAUCGUUCUUUUCGACUGACUUUCCACUAGACAAAGCUAUUUCCUAUGUUAGACUGCGAAACCCACUUUGCGUCAACGAGCUUGUACCACAGGCCCUCCUGUGGGACCGCCGCCUUGUCGGGAACGUGCUCGAUGCCCUCAAAGUGCCCACCCCGAAACGUUUGGAAGUAUCUAGAGAUGGAGGUCCGAAGGUAGACGAGGAGCUCAAGGUGCACAUGAAGAAGAAGCUCGGAAUCGUUUUGGGUGGAUUUCUAGUCACACCCGAAGUUACUUUGCGCGACGAUGGCGACGCCAUUAUCAUCGACGGUAAGGUCAUGGAAAAACCCUUCGUCGAGAAACCCGUGAGUGGUGAAGACCAUAAUGUCUACAUCUAUUUCCGAGGUGGAGGUGGUCGGCGCCUCUGUGCAUCAAUUAAGGUUGGUAACAAAAGCAGUGAAAUGGACCCCACAUUGAAUCAGCCAAGAACAGAUGGUUCCUACAUCUACGAAGAAUUCAUCGACGUUGAUAACUCAGAGGACAUCAAAGUUUACACUGUCGGCCGGGAAUACACUCAUGCUGAGACCCGCAAGUCGCCCGUGGUCGACGGUCUCGUGAGACGAAAUACCGAAGGAAAAGAAAUUCGGUUUAUCACGCGACUGAAUGACGAAGAGAAGUCAUGGGCGGCUAAGAUAUGCGAAGGUUUCGGCCAGAGAGUAUGCGGCUUUGACAUGCUCCGUUGUGAUAAUGGCACACGGAGUCAGGUGAUCGAUGUAAACGGCUGGAGUUUCGUGAAGGGCAACGACUCCUAUUACGAUAAAGCCUCAGAAAUCCUUGCGGCACUAUGUCUUCGCGUACAUUCAUCCCCAGACCGGCCCUUGAUUGCGACGGAGAUGCCGCCCCAGGAGUCUUCGACCUGGCUGCUGAAAGCGAACGUAACAGUCUUUCGGCAUGCUGACCGAACACCUAAGCAAAAACUUAAAUUCAACUUUCCUAUCCACGAGACAUGGACACAGCCGUUCGUGAAAUUACUCAACGGGGAGAAGGAAGAAAUUAUACUCCGUGAGAAAGAGCAGCUCAACCGCGUUGCCGUCGCCGUCAACGAGGCCAAGGGUCUUGGAGCGGAUGGGGAGGAUCUCGCGAAGCUGGCCCUCCUCAGCAAUGCACUGUUCAGCAAGAUCGAGCUCCCCGGAACGAAAGCGCAGCUGAAGCCAGUCUACUCGAAGAAACAGGCGGGGCAAGAACGCAAGCUGACGAAGCUGACCCUCGUAUUUAAGUGGGGCGGCGAGUUCACACAUUCAGCUCGGUAUCAAUCCCGAGACCUGGGAGAAAAUAUGAAGAAAGAUAUUUCUAUAAUGAACAAGGAGGCGCUAAGCAACGUCAAGAUUUUUACGUCCUCUGAACGGCGUGUCAUUGCGUCCGCGGAAAUAUUUGCUUCUGCCCUGCUGGACAAUCAACAGCCUUUGUAUUCGGCCAGCUCGACGUCCAGCAAUCUCUCAUCGCGCUCUUCUCUCGAUGGCAACCAUGCGCACGGGUCAAAGCCGGCUACACCGCCCAGAGAGCCACUCAAGCUUAUUGUUCGCAAAGACCUGCUAGAUGACUCUAACGCUGCCAAAGACCUCAUGGACGACGUCAAGAAACGUCUCAAGAUUUUGUUACGGCCAGGCGAGCCGGAGAAACGACCGGAGCUGACGUGGCCCAAGAGCAUGAAGAAGGAGCCCGUGGAAGUAGUCAAAGAAGUUAUAGAACUCCUCAGCUCUUUCCGGGACAUCAUGCGCAAAAAUUUCGAGACUCUAGAUGUCGAAAAAAUCCAAGAGCGAUGGUGUUGUGACGACGAACCUUGGCUCUUCCGCGAACGGUGGGAGAAGUUAUUCGAGGACUUCUGUGAUGUUAAACAAGAGAAGUUCGACCCGUCCCGGGUCUCCGAAUUGUACGACACCAUCAAAUACUGCGCGCUCCAUCACCGUGCGUUCCUGUUCGCCAUUUUCGACGAGAGCGGUACCAAGGAGCAACACCAGCAACAGGACCGCAAAUUACAUGAGCUCUAUGGCCGUGCAAAGGCACUCUUCGAUCUCGUCGCCCCUCAGGAGUACGGGAUCGACCCCGACGAGAAGGAGGAAAUAGGCGUGCUCACGUCCUUGCCACUUCUUCGAAAGGUCGUCGAGGAUCUCGAGAACGCGCGGAACAAUGGCGGAAGCUCCCUGACGUGCUAUUUCACCAAGGAAAGCCACAUCCACACCUUGGUCAACCUAGUCCUUCUCUCGGGACUGCCAAUCGCCAAUCGAAGGAUACCGGAACUGGAUUACGCGUCCCACAUAACGUUCGAGCUUUACGAACGGAAUCACGGGCGCGGCAAGUCCGACAAGGAGUACUCGAUCAAGCUUUCGCUCAGCGAGGGCGCGCACUCGUCGAAUGUGCUCGACUCAGCGCUCGACGCGCGGCAUUCGCUCAACGUGCAACCACGACGGAAACUCACGCAGCACUUGCCGUACAGCGUGGUGAUUUCGAAAUUGUCCAAGCACUUUGGUAGACAGAUAGGGGUCAGUCUAGGAAUCUUCUUUGAUUGCGUGCGGGGUGGUCUAGCUCACUUUGGUGAAUGUCACCUUUUUUUAGGACGAGGACGCCAUGGACGACGCGGUGACUAUCGAAGCGCUCACGACGCCGAUGGCGAACGACAGCAGCAAAGACUAUCCUUGAUCAGCGCUCAGCGUUACUCGAGACAAACCUUUUUUGACAUCUCAUCGACAUCUUAUCACCUUUGCGGACAGAACCCAAAUGUUUCAUUUACGGACAUCUAUUAG